AUGGCCGACGCGGUUUCCAGACAGCUAGGUCUGGACGAACCAACCCUGCAACAUGGUUCUACCGCCGAUCAACAUGUAGCCCGGGAGAGUCAGCCCUCGGAUGCGACGAGGAGCAACAACACAACGCCAAAGAUGGAAGCCCACGAGGCUGAAAAGGACUAUGAGAGUCUUCAAACGGCGACGGAAUCGUAUGGUCUCAACCAAACGGCAUCCGGCGUUGAUGUCGAACGAGCAGAGAAAGAGUUUGCAGAACUGAACAGAGAACUGAGUUCCAUCAGUCGCCGCAUGUCCAGGACAGUCUCCAGAGCCUCGGCAGCCAGAGCAAAAGACGUCGAGAAAGCGAUCAGCACGUCGGACGACGCAUCAGAGGAAACGUUUGAUUUGGAAGCGACGUUGCAUGGCAGCAAGGAAGCGGAUGCCGCUGCAGGGAUCAAGCCCAAGUACAUCGGCGUGGUCUGGGAGAACCUCACCGUUCGUGGCAUUGGCGGCGUCAAAAACUUUGUCAAGGUGUUUCCCGAUGCCUUUGUCGACUUCUUCAAUGUGCCUGGGACGAUUAUGAGUAUCUUUAAGCUCCGCAAGAAGGGAACAGAGUUCAAUAUUCUGCAGAACUUCCGCGGCGUCGCGAAGCCCGGGGAAAUGGUCUUGGUCCUUGGUCGGCCGGGUAGUGGCUGCACAACGUUCCUCAAAGUCAUGGCUAAUCAACGCUAUGGAUACACUGGAAUCGACGGCGAGGUUCUGUACGGGCCUUUUGACGCUGCCACCUUUGCGAAACGCUACCGUGGCGAGGCCGUGUACAACCAAGAAGACGACGUUCAUCAUCCCACACUCACUGUCGGUCAGACGCUUGGGUUCGCUCUCGAUACGAAGACACCCGGCAAGCGGCCGGCCGGAAUGAGCAAGGCGGAGUUCAAAGAGCGGGUGAUUCAGCUUUUGCUAAAAAUGUUCAACAUCGAACACACCAAGAACACCAUCGUUGGCAACCCUUUCGUGCGAGGUGUGUCCGGCGGCGAGCGAAAACGGGUCUCUAUCGCCGAAAUGAUGGUGACCCGCGCGACGGUGUGCGCCUGGGACAACAGUACGCGUGGCCUGGAUGCUUCAACCGCCCUUGACUACGCCAAGUCGCUGCGUAUCAUGACCAACAUCUAUAAGACGACCACCUUCGUCUCCUUGUACCAGGCAUCCGAGAACAUUUACAAGCAGUUCGACAAAGUGUUGGUCAUCGAUCAUGGCAGGCAGGUUUUCUUCGGUCCUGCUACCGAAGCCAGAGCAUACUUCGAGGGGCUGGGUUUCUUGGAGAAGCCUCGCCAGACGACUCCGGAUUAUUUGACGGGAUGUACCGAUGAAUUUGAGCGAGAGUAUCAGCCCGGCAGAGGCCCAGAGAAUGUACCAUCGGAUCCGGACUCUUUCAUGGAGGCAUUCAACAGCUCCAUCUAUUCACAAAGCCUCGCCGAAGAGAUGGACGCAUAUAAAGAAUCGAUCCGUGAAGAAAAGCAGGUGUAUGAUGAUUUCAUUGCUGCCCAUCAGCAAGCCAAACGAAAGCACACCCCCAAAGACUCGGUCUACUCUGUGCCCUUCUAUCUGCAGGUCUGGGCAUUGAUGAAACGACAAUAUCUGAUCAAAUGGCAAGACAAGUUCUCUCUGGUCGUCUCCUGGAUCACAUCGAUUGUGAUCGGGAUUGUGAUCGGCACCGUAUGGCUGAAUCAACCCCAGACUUCAUCAGGGGCCUUCACAAGGGGUGGUGUGCUGUUCAUAUCUCUGCUUUUCAACGCCUUCCAGGCAUUCUCGGAAUUGGCAUCUACUAUGAUGGGUCGCCCUAUCGUCAAUAAACACCGAGCAUACACAUUUCAUCGGCCGGGCGCGUUAUGGCUCGCCCAGAUCUUGGUUGAUGUGGCCUUCGCUUCGAUUCAAAUCUUCGUCUUCAGCGUGAUUGUCUAUUUCAUGACAGGUCUAGUCCGAACCCCCGGGGCCUUCUUCACUUUCGUGAUCCUCAUCAUCACAGGUUAUUUGUCCAUGACAUUGUUCUUUCGAACGGUUGGCUGUCUGUGUCCAGACUUUGACUAUGCGAUCAAGUUCGCUGCUGUCAUUAUUACACUGUUCGUGAUCACGUCGGGGUAUAUCAUUCAAUAUCAGAGCCAGCAAGUAUGGUUACGAUGGGUUUUCUACAUCAACGCGCUGGGAUUGGGGUUUUCGGCCAUGAUGAUGAACGAAUUCGAGAGGUUGACCAUGCGAUGCACCGGUGAAUCUCUCGUGCCGUCCGGGCCGGGGUACACUGACAUUGAUCACCAGGUGUGCACCUUGCCGGGAUCUCAAGCAGGAUCGAACGAGGUUUCGGGAACGGCGUACGUCAAGCAGGGUUUCUCGUACGACCCGUCCGAUCUGUGGCGAAACUUUGGACUGAUUAUCGUGCUGAUUGUGUUCUUCCUCAUCACCAACAUCAUUAUGGGCGAGGUAGUCAAAUAUGGCGCUGCUGGUCGCACCGUGACUUACUUCGCCAAGGAGAAUAGAGAACGAAAGGUCCUGAACGAAAAGCUUCAAGAACGGAGGCGUAGGAGGCAGUUGAAGCAAGACGCCCAAGACAGCUCCGAGCUCAACAUUAUGUCCAAAGCUGUCUUGACCUGGGAGAAUCUCACCUACGACGUCCCGACUCCUGCUGGUCAACUGAGACUUCUGAAAGACGUCUUUGGAUUCGUCAAGCCUGGACAAUUGACUGCCUUGAUGGGCGCUAGUGGUGCAGGCAAAACCACUCUCCUUGACGUACUGGCUGCACGGAAAAACAUCGGGGUAGUUGGCGGAGAUAUCUUGAUUGAUGGCAUGAAGCCUGGCCGGGGAUUUCAGCGAGGCACUUCUUAUGCAGAGCAACUCGAUGUUCACGAGUCAAGCCAGACCGUCCGAGAGGCUCUCCGGUUCAGUGCCGACCUUCGCCAGCCUUACGAAGUUCCACAAGAGCAAAAGUAUUCUUACGUGGAGGAGAUCUUGUGUCUGCUCGAGCUCGAGAAUCUCGCGGAUGCCAUCAUCGGAACUCCCGAGACUGGUCUCUCCGUCGAAGAGAGAAAGAGAGUCACGAUCGGUGUGGAGCUGGCGGCGAAACCGGAACUCCUCCUGUUUCUCGACGAGCCCACGUCGGGUCUGGACUCGCAGUCAGCCUUCAAUAUUGUCCGCUUCCUCCGCAAACUCGCUGCGGCAGGCCAAGCGAUUCUCUGCACAAUCCAUCAACCGAACAGCGCUCUGUUCGAGAACUUCGAUCGACUCCUCCUGCUGCAAAGGGGCGGCGAGACCGUCUAUUUCGGCGAGAUCGGCAAAGACGCGGCAGUCCUGCUCAGCUACUUCCACAAGCACGGUGCCGACUGUCCCCCCGACGCCAACCCGGCCGAAUGGAUGCUUGACGCCAUCGGCGCGGGUAUCGCCCAUCGCAUCGGCGACCGCGACUGGGGCGAGAUCUGGCGCGACAGCGAAGAACUGGCGGCGGUGAAAGCAGAGAUUGUCGAGAUGAAAGCCCAGCGACAGCGCGAGGUCGUCAACGAACCCCAUCUCGACGAACGAGAAUACGCGUCGCCGCUAUGGCACCAGAUCAAGGUCGUUUCAUGGCGCACACACCUGGCCUUCUGGCGGUCCCCGAACUAUGGCUUCACGCGGCUGUUCAACCACGUCAUCAUCGCACUGCUGUCGGGUCUAGCAUUCCUCCAACUCGACGACAGCCGCUCCAGUCUCCAGUACCGAGUCUUUGUGAUCUUCCAAGUCACGGUGGUGCCGGCGCUGAUCCUGGCGCAGGUCGAACCCAUGUAUGACUUGUCGCGCUUGAUCUUCUACCGCGAGUCCGCCGCCAAAGCGUACCGCCAGUUCCCCUUCGCCUUGGCCAUGGUCUGUGCCGAAAUGCCCUACAGCAUUCUCUGCGCGGUCGGCUUCUUCAUCCCGCUGUACUACCUUCCCGGAUUCAACGGUGCCUCGUCGCGCGCCGGAUACCAGUUCUUCAUGGUCUUCAUCACCGAACUAUUCUCCGUCACCUUGGGCCAGAUGAUCGCCGCCCUGACCCCAUCUAGCUUCAUCUCCAGCCUGAUCAACCCGUUCGUGGUCAUCGUGCUGAGUCUGUUCUGCGGCGUCACCAUCCCCAGACCGCAGAUGCCCGGUUUCUGGCGCGCCUGGCUGUACCAGCUCGACCCCUUCACCCGUCUGGUGUCGGGCAUGGUCGUCACCGAACUGCACGGGUUGCCGGUGGUUUGCAAAUCCGGCGAACUCAAUUCCUUCCCGGCGCCCGCUGGCCAGGACUGCGGCGAGUAUAUGUCGGACUUCUUCCAACGUGGCGGCGCGGGCUACCUGUUCAGCAAUGCCUCGGACGUGUGCCACUACUGCGCGUACCGUGUGGGCGACCAGUUCUACGAUACGCUCCAGCUGAGUUUCGGCCAUCGAUGGCGCGAUCUGGGCAUCUUCGCCGCCUUCAUCGGGAGUAAUUUGAUUCUCUUGUUUUUGGGGUCGAGAUACCUCAACUUCAACAGACGGUGA